AUGUAACAAAAAUUACGAUUAUAUACAUACUUUAGGUCAUCAACUUCACAAAGAAUAAGAAUUAUAUUAAACUUAAAAGAAAUUGAUUAUGAGCCAAAAUUCAUAAAUCUAUUACAAGGCGAGCAUAAAUCAGAAAACCAUAGCUAAGAAUUACCAAACCAAGUGAAUUUUAUAUUUCUAUUAUUUUUAGGCUGUUCCAGCUUUACAUUUAUAAGAUGGAACAAUUUUAAUAGAAAGUAUGGCAAUUGCAGAAUAUUUGGAAGAGAUCUAUCCUGAAAAGAAACUUCUUCCACAAGAUCCUGUUUUAAAGGCUAAGGUUAGGUAAUAUGAUUAAUUAAUUAUGAUAAGAGGCUUUUGUGAACUUAUUAAUUCUGGAAUGCAUCCAUAUUAAAAUUUAAUAAUGUUUGAGUGGAUAGAAAAAUAUGUAGAAAAGUUUGAUCGAGUUGAAUUCGUAUAAAAUAUGUUGAAAAGUGAAUUUUAAAGUAUGCCAUUAUAAUCUAUAUGAUAAAAGCAUUGGAAAAAUUAUUAUUGUAGAAUCAUGGAAAAUAUUCUUUUGGAGAUGAGAUCACUUUAGCUGAUUGUUUCUUAGUUCCAUAAGUUAUGGGAGCAAUUGCAAGAUUUAAAUUGGAUAUUUCAUUAUUUCCAACAAUUCAAGAAGUAUACAAUAAUUUGAAAGAUUUACCUUCAUUUUAUAAAGCUCAACCAGAUUAAUAGCCUGAUUUUAAAUGAA